AUGGCAGAUCAUCCGGUUAGCAAACCGUUGUUGAAACUCAAGCUUCUGGAAUCGUUGCGUGAAGGAGAUUUCGCAUCUCUGGACAGCUUGGUCAAAAAAUAUUUCCAUCCAAGAGAUGAUGUAAGUGUCAGAGAAGUUGCUCAAUUGAUUUUGCACUAUGCCGUUCAGGUUGCCCCUUUACAAUUGAUAAAGGACAUUUUGGCUCAUUGGCUCACAGACGAGGAAAUUAAGCUGGACAUCAACCAGGAGGACCCGGAUGGAAAUACUGCAUUGCACUUGGCUGCGUUUCAAUCGCGGGGCGAUGUCGUUUCCCUAUUACUGGACCAACCUGACAUCAACGACUGUAUUCUGAAUAAUGCAAAUUUGCAGCCUAUCGAGAUGUGUAAAAACCUGAAUAUUGCUCAGAUGAUGCAGUUUAAGCGGUCAGAAUAUUUGGGUGAAGUGGCCCAGGAAUUUAGGAGAGCGUUCGUGAACCGGGAUCGCGAACAUCUGGACGCCAUUCUGGCAAAACCUCGCAACUCCGAGCUCUUAGACAUCAAUGGAACUGAUCCACAAACGGGUGACACAGUGCUUCACGAAUUUGUGAAGAAAAGAGAUUUGGUCAUGUGUCAGUGGAUCUUGAACCAUGGUGGAGACCCCUUCAAAAGAGACCGUAGAGGACAACUUCCUCUUGAUCUACUGGGAAAAGUUCCACCUGUCAACGACUCUCCCAAUGUCAAAUUGUCUUCCGAGCAACAGCUUAAACGAAUGCUAGAAAAAGCGGCCCGUGAGCAGAGCGUAAUUGAAGUUGCCAACAGCUUAAACGAACCACCUACUUAUAAGGGUUAUCUUCGCAAAUGGACCAAUUUUGCUCAAGGCUAUCGCUUACGGUGGUUUGUUCUUAGCCCAGAUGGAACACUAUCGUACUACAAAGACCAAGACGACACCAAAAAUGCAUGCCGCGGAUCACUUAACAUGUCGACCUGCUAUUUGCAUCUGGAUUCUUCGGAAAAGCUCAAAUUCGAGAUCAUUGGCGGAUUCAACGGUACAGUAAGGUGGCAUUUGAAAGGAAACCAUCCUGUGGAGACCAACAGGUGGGUUUGGGCAGUUCAGGGUGCGAUUCGUUUUGCUAAAGACCGUGAACGGACAAUCAGAAACAACGGGAGUAACGAGCCUCACGGUGCCGCACGGCCUGAACCCAAAAUGAAGGAAACCUCUCACCAUUUGCGAACUCCUAGCGCCAAUAGUUUGCAUUCCUCCACAAACCGUCGGCAACGCGCUCAUCAGUCUCAGCGCUCAAUUAAUUCGAUCUCCUCUAUGUCAUCUGGCGAGGCGGAAUUAAACGAAAAUCUCACAAACAGAGGUAGGGAGUAUGUCACAAAAGUAAAAUCUGGGAGACCGUCCUUGGAUGCUUAUGCCAAUGAUGAAGACAAUAAAUCCGCAAUUUCGAAGCCAAUCCGGGAUUUAGCGGACGGUAAGGAUGAUGUUGAAAGCGAUCAAGAGUAUUUCAGAGACGAAGUUACUGAAGACUUUGAAGAUGAAGAUGUGAAAAUUGAGUACGGGCCUCAAUACCAAGAGGUCUCCAUGAUCCAAAGAUCAAUCACCAUUGAAUUGAGUUCGUUGACAGAACUUCUCGAAAAUAAAACGCCAGAUGCAGAUGAGAUCAACAUGAUAAGAAAAUCAUUAGGUUCUCUGUCCAAAAACUUUGAGUCAUACAGUACUUUGUCAUCCGUUAGAGAUCGGAAGCUUUUGAAACUUUUACAAAAACAACAUGACGUCAACCAGCUUUGGAUCAAGUCUGUUAAAGAGCUUGAACUUGAGCUAAUCGAGAAAUCCGAACGUUUAUCUUCACUCGACACUGAGAGAAAGAACCUCAAAAAACUUCUCCAGAAGAAAUUACUGGAAUUAUCUGACGCUAGUACAAGCGCCAAUGACACGGCAAAUGAUAGGCAGGUUGUUGACGGCGAAAGCGUUGGUGACAAUGAAAAUAGUAAACCGCUGGAAGAAAUCGCUGAGUUCAUAAAUUCGAAUAAGGAAGCUGACGAAGACUCCGACAUUGAUGAGUUUUUCGAUGCCGAAGACAAUGAAGCACAAAAGCCUACUGCGGAGAAAAAUCACGAUGACACUGCCGCUGCUCGAAAGGAGAGGGCACCUCAACCAGCGAAAGUGACUGAGGGAAGUCGUGCUUCGGGAGGUGAAAGAAUAAGUGGUGAAUCUGGUGGUACCGAGGAGUCGGGGAACAUCAACAGAGUACCUUCUGACUUUGAACAGAAUGUUGUGCACUCUGGACUUACGGAUCAAUCAGUUCCGAACACUGCUGCCGCUACACAAGCGUACGAAGAAGUUGCGAAACAACCCGAAGCGAGCACGAAACCUCUUUCAGCACACGGCCAGAAGAAACCUCUACACAGCACGUAUACUCCCCCUCAAGAAAAGAAGGAGGAUCUACUCAAUCAAGAGGGGUCGUAUCUGGGAUAUGAAGAUGGUUUGAGAACAAAGUUGGCGUUGAGUAAAGAUGAUCGUCCUAAGAUCAGUUUAUGGUCGGUUCUGAAAUCAAUGAUUGGCAAGGAUAUGACGCGCAUGUCCCUUCCAGUCACUUUCAAUGAGCCCACGUCUUUGCUGCAGAGAGUGGCCGAAGAUUUGGAAUACUCUAAUCUUUUGACGGAAGGUGCCAGCUAUGAAGAUUCCACUUUGAGACUACUUUAUGUUGCUGCUUUCUCCAUUUCGUCAUAUUCCUCGACCACCAAAAGAGUAGCGAAACCGUUCAAUCCAAUUCUAGGGGAGACUUUUGAAUACUCAAGGCCAGACGAACAUUUCAGGUUUUUCACUGAGCAAGUGUCCCAUCAUCCACCAAUUUCAGCGACUUGGUCUGAGUCUGCCAAGUGGGAUUUCUGGGGUGAAUCCCGGGUCGAUUCCAAUUUCAACGGGAGAUCAUUUGAGGUGGAACAUUUGGGUUUGUGGUACCUCAGAAUGAGACCAGACUCAGAGUCCGAGGAGGAGCUCUACACUUGGAAGAAACCCAACAACACAGUAGUGGGCAUUCUGGUUGGAAACCCACAAGUGGACAAUCACGGUGAUGUGGAAAUUGUUAAUCAUAAAACGGGAGACCGCUGUACGAUCCAUUUCAAAGCCCGUGGCUGGAGAUCGUCAAAUGCAUAUGAGGUGAAAGGUGAAGUAUACAACAAAGAUGGUGGCAAGGAAUGGGUUUUCGGCGGCCAUUGGAACGAAUCGCUUUACGCCAAGAAAGUUUUGAAACCCAACUCUUCAGAAGAGAUGCCUCUGGACAAGCCUAAGGGGUCGAAGGGCUCCAAGAAUGAUCCAAACCGUGACGGUAAUAAAUUUUUGAUCUGGCAUGUACAUGACAGACCUGAUUUCCCUUUCAACUUGACACAGUACGCAGCAUCUUUGAAUGCGCCACAACCUAAGCUUUUGAACUGGAUUCCUCCCACAGAUACCCGUUUGAGACCUGAUCAAAGAGCGAUGGAAGAAGGAAGAUACGACGACGCUGCGAAGGAAAAAGAUCGUGUCGAGCAGAAGCAAAGGGCAGCGAGAAAGAGACUAGAGAAGGCAAACAAAGAACAUGUCCCCAACUGGUUCAAACAGGUCCAGCACCCUAUCACUAAGAAGAACUUCUGGCAGUUCAAUGGCGACUAUUGGCAGGUGAGGAAGGACAAGAAGUUUGAGCAUUUACCGGACAUUUUUUAA